AUGUCAGAUUUUAGAGAAGCUUUACUUGAAGUGUCAGAAAAGGAUCUUGAUUCUAAAAUAAGAAGUGAAGCUAAAUCCUUAGCAACAAAUGAGCUUGGUGAUUUUGAAUUUUUAAUGGCGAUAAUUAUUUGGUUUGAAAUAUUAUCUACAAUUAAUGUGGUUAGCAAGCUCUUACAAUCAAGGGAUAUGGUUAUUGAUGUUGCUAUGAAAAAAAUAACGGGAUUGAUUUCAUUGUUUAAGGAAUAUAGAGAAAUCGGUUUUAAAAAUGCCAUGAAUUAUGCUACAGAAAUUGCCUUUGAAUUGAAUAUUGAUCCAGUAUUUUCUCAAAGGCGUGUAAUUCGAAGAAAAAGACAAUUUGAUGAGAAUUUGAAUGCCCCACCAGUUGAGCUAUCUGAAGAGGAAUCUUUUAGAGUUAAUUAUUUUCUUUACCUUGUUGAUCAAGCUGUUGUUUCUCUUAAUAAGAGAUUUGAGCAAUACCAACAAUAUGAAAGUGUUUUUGGAUUCUUGUUUACUUCUCAAAAUUUACAAUCAUUGGACGAUGCAACUUUAGAGUCUUGUUGUAGUCAUUUUGAAGAAACAUUGAAGCAUAAUGAGCAAUGUGAUAUUGAUGGGAAAGAAUUAUGUCUGGAGUUAAAGUCGCUAAGAGAUAUGUUGCCUACAAGAAAUAUUGGACCUAUUGAUAUAUUAAGAUUUUUGAAAGGCAUGGAUUUUUAUCCUAAUACAAUUAUUGCAUAUAGAAUUUUAUUGACUAUUCCUGUGACAGUUGCCUCUACAGAAAGAAGUUUUUCAAAAUUGAAGUUGUUGAAGUCUUACUUGCGGUCUACCAUGUUACAAGAAAGACUUAAUGGGUUAGCAUUAUUAGUGAUUGAAAAUGAUUUGCUGGAGAAUAUACAAUACGAAGACUUGAUUGAAGAAUUUGCUUCAAAAAAUGCUAGAAGGAAGACUUUUUUUUAA